AUGACAACUUUGAGUUUGGGUAAAUUGGUACUCGAACACAAAUGGAAAUAUGUCGAUCUUGUUUGGGAAAGUCCGCAGCAGAAGCAACGAGCGAUAGAUUCCGGCGCAUAUAACGCUAGUUCGCUGUUUUUGUUCGACGUAGACAUGGCACAAGAUGGUAGAAUAUUCGUUACUGCAGUGAGAGACAAGGGUAUACCGGUAAGCGUGAUGGUUGUAACAAAUAAAACAGGAGAAGGUGGUCCACUUCUGCGUCCGUAUCCAGAUUGGUCUUGGUACAAGGACGAUUGCAAAGGUAUUACAGGUGGUGUUUACCAGAUGGAUAUUCAAUGCAAUCAUCUUUUUAUUGUGGACGGCGGCAGAAUUGGGGAGAAUCAACUUUGUCCACCACAAUUAUUGAUCUUUGAUUUAGCAACUGAUAAACUGGUUAAACGUGUUACUGUCCCGCUUGACAUUGCUCAUAACAAACAGGGCAUUGGACUUCUGGCAUCAGUUUCAGUUAAUGCGCCAAAUUGUAAAAAUGUGAUGAAUAACGCGAUGAUAUAUAUGGGUGAUACGGAAGGCUACGCUUUAAUCACAUAUAACACCUCUACUUCGAAAUUCUGCAGAAUCGAAUCUGAUUUUAUGAAGCCGACUAAUCCCGGUUUCACCAUAGCAAACGAAUUUUUCCCAAUGCAGGAUGGUAUUUUCGGUAUAACAGUUGUUCAAAAUAAAGAUAUAUACUAUGCUGCUUUGGUUGGAAGCAAAAUAUACAAGAUGGAAACUCCAAAGACAUCUAAAUGUUUGUCCAGUGAGACAAAUGCGUUAACUAAACUCGCAGCUACAUUACCGGGUCAAACAGGACCAAUAGCAUCAAUGGAUUGUGCACUAUUCUUUAGCGAUAUUGAGAAAACGUCUAUUAUGUGCGCGGACACUGCUAAGGAAAUUAACUCCCAAAAUAUGGGACGCAUUGCGCAAGAUUCUGAAAUGUUGCAAUUUCCAAGUGGUUUGAAAAAUAGACGAGGUAAACUAAUGAUCUUAUCUAAUAAAUAUCAGCAUCAUCUUCAUGAAACUUUAAAUAUAAGAGAAGUAAACUUCCGGAUUCUCUCGAUGUCAAAUAUGGAAAUACAAAAAGAAACAAAAUGUUUUGCUUCUUGUCCAGUGAAAUAUACGCAGCAGAAGCAACAAGCGAUAGAUUCCGGCGCGUAUAACGCUAGCUUGAUGUUUUUGUUCGACGUAGAAAUGGCACAAGAUGGUAGAAUAUUCGUUACUGCAGUGAGAAACAAGGGUAUACCGGUAAGCGUAAUGAUUGUAACAAAUAAAACAGGAGAAGGUGGUCCACUUCUGCGUCCGUAUCCAGACUGGUCUUGGUACAAGGACGAUUGCAAAGGUAUUACAGGUGGUGUUUACCAGAUGGAUAUUCAAUGCAAUCAUCUCUUUAUUGUAGAUGGCGGUAGAAUUGGGGAGAACCAACUUUGUCCACCGCAAUUAUUGAUCUUCGAUUUAGCAAAUGACAAACUGGUUAAACGUGUUACUGUCCCGCUUGAUAUUGCUCAUAACAAAGAGAGCAUUGGACUUCUGGCAUCAAUAUCAGUUAAUGCGCCAAAUUGUAAAAAUGUGAUGAAUGACGCGAUGAUAUAUAUGGGUGAUACGGAAGGCUACGCUUUAAUCACAUAUAACAUUUCUACUUCGGGAUUCUGCAGAAUCGAAUCUGAUUUUAUGAAACCGACUAAUCCCGGUUUCAUAACAAAUAAAUUUUCUUCUGAACCAGAUGGUAUUGACGGUAUUACAGUUGUUCGGAAUAAAGGCGAUACAUUCACGUUUAUGAUAUCGUAUUUUGUGGUAUACUGUUUAGUUAUUUGUUCGCUGAAAAUGAAGUACCUUUUUUUCACUGCGAUAAUAUUGUCGAUCACAGAUAAAAGUUUUAACGAGUUACUUCUUGAGUACAAAUGGAAAUAUGCUGAUUUACUUUGGGAAAGUUCGGAGCAGAAGCAAGAAGCAAUAGAUUCCGGCAAAUAUAACGCCAGCUUGAUGUACUUAUUCGAUGUCGAUGUGGGACCCGAUGAUAGAUUAUUCGUUACCGCAAUAAGAGAGAAAGGUGCACCUGUAAGUGUGAUGACUAUAACUGAUCAAGAGGGAGAGGGAGGUGCACUUUUGCGUCCAUAUCCAGAUUGGUCUUGGUACAAGGACGAUUGCAAAGGCAUUACGGGUGGUGUUUAUCGAGUAGAUAUUCAAUGCGAUCAUCUCUUUAUUGUGGCCAGUGGUAAACUUGGGGAAGAGCAACUUUGUCCCCCGGAACUGCUGAUUUUUAACUUAUUAAAUGAUAAACUUGUUAAACGUGUUAUCAUCCCGUAUGAUAUCGCUUUUGACAAAAAGGGCAUUGGGUUUUUGUCGUCGCCUGUUGUUUUUGCGCCGCAUUGUAAAAACAUAAAAGAUAAUGCAGUGGUAUUCAUGAGUGACACCGACGGUUUCGGUUUAGUGGUGUAUGAUGCAUCUACUUCAAAAUUUUGCAGAUACGAAUCAGAAUCAAAAAAACCGUCCAAUACCGGUUUCACUUUAGCAAACCAGUUUACUCCCCUCGAAAAUGGUAUUUUCGGCAUGGCAGUUGUUCAAAAUAAAGAUUUAUACUACACUGCUUUUGCGGGAAGCAAAAUAUAUAAGACGGAAAUUUCGAAAAUAAAAGGAUGUUCGCUAAAUGACGCAAAUGCACUAAAUAAACUAGCAGCUACGUUACCAGGUCAAACAGGACCAAUAGCAUCUGCGGAUUGUGCAAUAUUUUUCAGCGAUAUUGAGCAAACGUCUAUUAUGUGCGCGGACACUACUAAGGAAAUUAAUUCCCAGAACAUGGAAAUUGUUGAGCAAGAUUUUGAAACACUACAAUUUCCAAGUGGAUUGAAAAAUAGAGGAGGUGAACUAGUAAUCUUAUCAAAUAGAUAUCAACAUCAUCUACAUUCUACCCUAAAUACGAACGAAAUAAACUUCCGUCUUCUUUCAACAAACAAUACAGACAUACAGAAGAAGACAAAUUGUUUUGCUUCCUGCAAGAUAUAAAUUAGUGAUAGCGUAAUAGACAACUAUAUGUAAACAAUAUUUUUUGUAAAUCUUGUCUAUGAACUAUUUUCUACUUGUCAAUUCAGUACACGAUUUAAUUUACAAGUGUAAAAUAAAAUAUG